AUGCUCAAAGGGGUAGAGGCACAAAUACGAAUAAUAUUCCAGUGCACAUGGCCCGGCUGUGUUCAGCAAUACGAUACAUGCAAACAAAUUGAGCACCACGUGCGCACAAAACACCUAGGAAGAAGUGGUGAAACGAGUGAUGAAAACAAUGACAGAGAGGAAGAGUUUUAUUACACAGAAAUCGAGGUAAUGGAUGGACAGCACCACCACCAGAGGGGUUGCGACUCAUUGGGCUCGUCAUCGUCUACCAGUCCAUCGUCGGUGUCCUCGUCGUCGUCAUCUCCUGGCCCGCAGUCGCCGACCGCCAGCAACGACGGCAGCUGUAAAUCGGAGGCGCCGUCGCCCCACCUCUUCUUCCCGUCGACGUCGGCGCCGCCCACUGUUUGGAGUCAUCUCGAGGACCACGAGUACCCCAAACCACUGCCGCUGUCGGGCCAACAGCACAACCUCCACCACUACCACAGCAACGGCACCGGUGGCGGCAUUAAGAUCAAGUUCAUCGACACGAAUACCUUUCUCAGCAAUAAUAAGGCGCUGCUGACGGCGCCCAUCAAUAUUCCAGGCCUCACGACGACAGUCGGCGCCGCCAUUAACGCACACCAGUAUUCAAAGCCGAUGCCAAUCUCCAUAUCGGCACCGGUAUCGCUGCAAUCGCCGGCCCGUCCUCACCACAAGUACAUGAAACUGAAUGGUGGUGCCGGUGGCGUCAAGAGCGCCGGUAGCUCAGGCACAACCCUACUGCACGCGGGGCCCGCCAAACAGUCGCCCACCAAACGGGUGAGGGGUGAGAGUCGGAAGUGCCGUAAAGUAUACGGUAUGGACAACAGGGACUCGUGGUGUACGCAAUGCAAGUGGAAAAAGGCGUGCAGUCGGUUCACUGACUAACAGCACCGGCAGGUCGUCUCGUGUUGUCUUUUGUCGCUUAUUUUGGCCACAAAUACUUCAAUACAUUAUUCGAUACAUUAAUUUGUGUCAACAUUAUUGACAAUACAUUUGUUUUUGUUUGUAACUUAUGUUUCGUUCACAUUAUUCUUAUGAUAAUAUUUACUCG